AAGCCUGUAGCCCAUGUACUUGUGGGCUAGGCCGAUCAUUUUCUGGCCCACACCAAAAAUGGGCUAGCCCAUCCUGACCCGUAAAAUGUCAAAGCCUGGAUGGGUUAGCCCCAAUGGGGUGGGCUAGCACAUAUUGACAGCUCUAAUAGCUGGACUUCGUUAGAAGAAAUCCAUUACAUGGUAGCUUUAGGAUAGAUGACUUAUACUCUUCUAAAGGUAGAUUGGCUUGUAUGCAAGGUGCAUUUAGUGGAAUAGAUUGAUCUAGAUUACUCAUGGUAUCUUAGGGUUGAGAAUUCACACUACCCUAUGGAUAGCUUGCAUCUUGAUAGGAUGGGUGCAUGGUUUCUAGGUUGGUAUAGUUGUAGCCCUUCUAUAAUAGCUUGGAUUGGAUGAUAUGAUGUUUCCGUGUUAAUUAGGCUUAGAAUGAUAAAAUGCUACUCUUGAUAACGUGUAAAGUAUGUGUCGGCCACUUUUGGCCAAAAGUUUGUAAAUUUUGUGUAUAAAUAGAGGAGCUUUCCUCAUAAAUAAAACACACCUUCAUCCUUACAUCUCUCAUCUUUCUGAAUACUCUCUUUACGCUUCCAUCCCCUCCAUUGGUAUCAGAGCUAGUUAAUUAAAUAACUAUGGAAAACAAAUCAACUAUGACAGAUGAUCUACAAGAACAGACUAUUUAUCAAGACAGAGUUACACAGCCAGGACAAGAUAAUGUUAUGGAAAACAUACUCAAAACCCUAACUACACUUUGUACAAAAGUGGACAGUAUGGGAUUGAGAAUUCAAAAGCUAGAAGAAAAGGAAGAAUCUACAAGUCAGCAGCAUGACUCUAAAAAUGCGGAGCUACGUCGUUCGGCAGACGGUAAAAAGCCAGAACUAGAAGGAGACGUUGGGAAACUCCAUAAAACCCAUGACAAUGUUCGUUUAAAAGUCGUAAAGUAAAUAGUUUGUCGGCCAAUCAUGUAAAAAAUUUGUCGGCCAAUUAUAUAAAGUAGUAAUAGUAAGUAUUUUGUUUUUUUGUGUCGGCCGAAUAAAGAGAGGCCAUGUGUAAAGUAUGUGUCGGCCACUUUUGGCCAAAAGUUUGUAAAUUUUGUGUAUAAAUAGAGGAGCUUUCCUCAUAAAUAAAACACACCUUCAUCCUUACAUCUCUCAUCUUUCUGAAUAUCAGCCAUAUGUAGAAAGAAAUAAUUUUAUUUUUGUCGUGUUGCGUCGGCUAUAAAAAGCCAAAUUGUAUAAAAGUCGUAAAGUAAAUAGUUUGUUGGCCAAUCAUGUAAAAAGUUUGUCGGCCAAUUAUAUAAAGUAGUAAUAGUAAGUAUUUUGUUUUCUUGUGUCGGCCGAAUAAAUUUAUACACAAAAUUUAUAAACUUUUGGCCAAAAGUGGCCGACACAUACUUUACACAUGGCCUCUCUUUAUUCGGCCUAUCCAAAAGGUAAAACAUUCCAUUCAUAGAAACCU